CGUAGGCGUGCUCAAGUGAAGCUCGCUGAUGUUUGUACGGACUUCCACCAGCGUGAUUCGUUCUUCUGCGUCUCUAGUAUCUACGAUUGCAUCGCGCUCGUGUCACCGAGCCCUUCUUGAUUUAUGCCAAUGUUAGAAGCAUGUUCAAGGCUGUGCUGGGUACCAACACUGAAUCAGAUCGUUGACAUGGUGGUAGGGCCCUCGUCCCAGCGAGGAGCCGUCAUGCGGCGCCCCACACACCGUUACUCCCCUCUACUUUCCGUCGCUCAGUUACCUUGCAUCCACUUGAUCCACUGACAGUUAAUCCAUUCGAUCUCCUGGUUCCGUUGAUAUUUACUCGACCUUCCGCUCCUUACGGCGGUAUAUCGCCAUGGCGCUGAACGCACCCAUCUCCCUAUAUUCACCGUCAUUGUCAUUUCCGACCAGUACACUGAGCCAACUCACGGCCUCGACCAGCAGUUAUGCCUCCGAAUCCACGAUGCCCCAGCGCGUUCAAGACAGUACAUCGACUGAUUCAUCCACUGUCGUGCCUUCAUCGGAGACUCCGACCACGCCUCCGACUGUCACGACCAAGACCGACGCUCCAGUGUUUAUCACGAUGACCUCGGUGUCUACCUCUACCUGGACCACGACGAUGUCUCCCAGCGUGUCCGGCACCGAGCCUACAAUGCCCCCCACCCUCAGCACCGUCCAGGUGAUGGGAAUAGCGACGGCGGUCGUAAUGGGAGCACUGUGCAUCCUAGUGCUGGGUGCUGUCUGCGUGUAUUGCUGCAUGCGCUCGAGAAAACCGUCGCACAAGUUCCUUCCCCUGGAAGACGCGGGCGAAGAGCCUCCGGACGACUCGCCCGUAUUCCUAGACAUCACACACAACAAGUCGUCGUGGAUGCACAAAGAGGCAGUCCCGCUGUCCUGGAGGGCGCCUUCAGAACCUCGCACGCCGACCACCCCCGCGUCCCCAGGCGCCUCUGACUUGCUGACGAUCGCUACGGUCGGCUCGCCCGAGCUGCCUGGGAGGCGGAGCAGAGCGAUGAUUCGUCCGCAGUCCCGCGAGAUGUCCCGCGCAUCUCGCGUCCUGUCCUGGAUGGGUAACAGCCGUUCCUCGCGCACGGAUGCCGACGAAGAGGUCGACUCGGGCUUGCGUUUCAAGUACGAGCUGCGCCGGGUUAGCACAGCGUCUGCGCUGUUGUAUUCUCCUCCGCCCUAUAGCGAAUCUUAGGCGUAUUGACGCGCGAGACAAGUGCACUGAGUCAUUACCGGCCGGACUGAGGGAAGGGCGACGUUCGAAAGAACGACACUCAUCUUCUCCACAUUCGGACCAAUGUCGGACCUGUUGAAUAUGUACAUAUACUCCCGCCGAGCACGUUCUCCGCCGCUAAACAUGCCUGCCAUUCCAAUCGGUCCUCCGCGAUACGAGCGACGACCACAGGGCUGUCUGCGCUAUCUCUGCUCUUCAUUCGAGUCACGCUCGCCGAUCUGCCCGAAGAACAGUCGGCACAUGUAAGUAAGAUCACACGAUACAAUAUGCGUACCUGAGCACUCUCAUCACGCCCCGUCAGUGCGCCAGAUGCGUCCGCCGUUGAGGUUCCGUCGAGCAAUUCUCUGCGUGCCGAAAACGCCGCAACAGCAAGUCCGUCAUGCGCACAGGGAGGCAAUCCGCGUCUGUGUUCUC